AAUGACCACAGCAACGAGUGAAGCUGUUGCAUCCAAAUGCAAGCAGGAUGCUGAGAAGGCAUCAAUAAAAGAAACAAUGGAGAAAUUAGGGCAACCAGUGACUGAUCUUUUCAUGAACAAGGACGAGCAUAAGACGAUGGACAAAUCGGGCAUUGUGCCUCUUAACUCCCUCCUCCGCUUCAGUGUUGAUGCCGAAAGGCCACAGUCCAAGCCAAAGAGCAGUUCACGUUUUGGAAGGCUCAGUUACCAUUCCUUUUUCUCCCGGCACAAUCCACAUCCUCAUCGAGUAAGACACAUCAAUGGUCUGAAUGGAAAUCCUGUUUGUGCAGUCAAUGAUGAUUGGUACGUUAACACUCCACUCUCUCCUCAUCCAUUGAUAAAGAGUCAGUUUCCAACGACAAUCCUAGGAAGGCUUGGAUUACCUAUCAGUAUCUAUCAGUGUAAUCCAUUUGAUGACAGAAAUAUCUCAAAGUUUGCUGUAGAAUGUAAAGUGUGUCAUUGUUGGGUCUACUUGUGGCACAGUGGUAAUGUCUCUAUCCCUGGCCUGGGUUCAGAUCCCAUCUGCUCCAGAGAGAAAGAUUUUGUACUGGGAAUGGUUCAGUCAGCUCUAGCAAGCAGUCACCCUGAAUGCCAACAAAAAGCUGAAGGUAGAGAAGGCCAAGAAAGACAGCAAGUUGAUUACGAUCCUACAACCUCAAGCUUUAAAAGGUCCACUUUGAACAGGAGAAAACAUAACAGGUAUUACCUCAAAAAGAAGCCAGAAGUAAUUGAAGAGGAGCAGCCAGAUCACAUUGGAAAUGCCGAAGUCCUUCAAGUUCAUCAAAGCAAGUCUUCCGAACCACCGAGUAAUGGAAAACAGGGAGUCUCAGAUCUGAACAGGAUCACAGAAUGUGAAUGAAACAGUUCAGGAUAAGUAAAAUAUAUAAGUUUAUCUGUCUGAUUGGAGUCUAAAUAGGAAUAUGUUUUUAAAAAUUGUAAUGGGAUAAGAUACUGUUAGGUUAUUCUGCUAACAAUUUUAAAGUUCAAGUCCUCAGGUUAAAUUUAGCAGCUGCCUCAAUAUAUUGUUAAACACUGUCCAUUUACAGCUGGUCAAAUGUAUUACAAAUCCAAUGUCUGACAGUGUACAUUGAAUACAGUUAAUCAGAUUAUACUUUCACUCGUUCUAUCUCAGAGCUAUAAACAGAACGUUUUUAACUUUUGGUUCAUACAAAUGCCUGGAAACUCUGUUUCAUCAUUUAUGGAUUGUAUACAUUUACAGCAACCAUUAUUUUCCAAGUAAUAGUCUUAAUUGAUGAGAAAUAGAAAUUGAUAAAUGCAGGAUUGGCAACUUGCAGUAAAGUUAAAUCUCGUGUGCUAAAGUUAAUCACGUCGCUGGACUUGUCUUUGCUAAAACCAGUUGUGUGAGACAGUCAAUGAUUUUUGUAAAAAUUUGACAAGGAUCUGUAGGAUCUUGCUGUGCACCACAUGACAGUUGUAUUUCCUUCUGAGACAUCAAAGCAAAAGCACUUCAAAAGCUGUGAUGUGCUAUCGGCUAACCUGACGUGAGAGAAGCAACAUAUGUACAUCUCUCUCAAUGAAUAUUGAUCUUUAUCUAUUUCAACUGCUGUAUAAGUUGUCCAUACUUUUAUAGCUUGUAACUCUAAACGUUAAUGCAGUGAGAUUGUGGUCACGUUUGUGUUUAUGUGAUCAAUAUCUGUCACUACUGUUCUGAGUGGUAACUAUUAUU